CACUGCCUGAGUUGUAAACAAAGAUGGCGAAAUUUGGAGGAAGAGGUAUCAAUGAAAAACUUCCUCCACCUCGUUUAGAGCACUUUGUCAUGACAGAAAAGCUCGGACAAGGGACAUAUGCGUCUGUAUAUAAAGCAUAUCGAAAGGGCGAAGCACGUGAAGUUGUUGCCAUUAAGUGUGUGUACCUGAAGAGGCUUGGAAAGAAUGCUAUUGAAAAUCUACUUACUGAAAUCAAACUAUUGAAGGAGAUAAAUCACGAUCAUAUCGUACAACUUAUAGAUUUUGAGUGGAAUAAAGAAUAUCUUUUUUUGAUUAUGGAAUAUUGCAGUGGUGGCGAUCUUUCGAAAUUCAUACAAACAAAACGAAGUCUUCCCGAGAAAAUUGCGAGAAGGUUUCUCCAGCAACUUGCGUUAGCACUGCAAUUCUUGCACAGCAAAGAUAUUGCUCAUAUGGAUCUAAAACCUCACAAUUUGUUGCUGUCAUCAAAAGAAAAUGCCGUAUUAAAGAUUGCAGAUUUUGGCUUUGCUCAAUACCUCAAACAAGACAUGGACAGCAGCAACCUCCGGGGCUCACCCUUGUAUAUGGCUCCUGAAAUGUUUUGCUCCACAAGUUAUGAUGCUUCCGUUGAUCUGUGGUCUGUCGGUGUUAUACUUUACGAAGCGUUGUUCGGUUCUCCUCCAUUCAGAUCACGGACGUUUUCUGAACUCGAGAAAAAGAUCAAAUCUUCACGAGAAAUCACGCUUCCUGUUGAUUCCAAAGUCUCACAAGAUUGCCAAGAUUUGCUACUUUCCCUGCUUCGACGCGACCCGAAGCAGAGAAUUACAUUCGAAGAGUUUUUCAAUCAUUCAUUUCUCGACCUGGAGCAUGCACCUUCAUCGCACAGUCUACAGAAAGCGAUCUCGUUAGUGUCAGAAGCUGUUAAACUUGACGAAGCUUCAAAGUUUAAGGAAGCUGUACAGAUGUAUUCAAAGGCAUUGGAUCACUUUGUGCCGGCCUUACAAUACGAACGAAACGCAACCAAAAAGGAUGCCAUUCGCCAAAAAGUAAAUGGAUACAUGGCCCGAGCGGAAGAAUUAAAACAACACUUGAAACGAAGAUCUUCCACCAAAAUUGAAAUGGAGCCAAGGAAAUUAUUACGAAGAUCCGCUGACGAUAAUCCUCAAUUGGCUGAUGGUUUGAAACUUGCUGAAGUCGCAGAACUUAAGGAUGAAAAUGGACUGUUUCCUUCAGCCUUAGAACAAUAUCAAACUGCACUGUCAGUGCUGAUGCCCGUAUUAAAAGAUUUGCCAAAGAGCAAAGUUAAGGAUGUUCUUGGUGCUGAGGUACAACGCUAUAUGCACCGAGCUGAAGAAAUCAAAGCGUACAUUAAAUUAUCCGAAGAAAAAACGUUGGCAAUCGGUCAAGAAGCCGAUGAACGAUUUUGCUGCAUUCAAUGACGUCGUUGGAGCUUAUUUUUGGAUAUUUUGAUGAAGUACUGAUUUCGAUUGAUCUGGAUUACGCCGAAAGUCAGGUUUGAUCUCUUGCAUUAUUUUAACAAUGAUUCGACACUCGACGAUUGAAGUAAAGAAAUAUCCGCGUCUUUUACAUUUUUAAAUCCUUAAAAAUGAAAUUCCUUAUUUUUUCCUUUGUAAAUCUAAAUUGUUUUUACCGCGAGUGAAAAUCCGAAUACUUGCAUUGCACGAGCGAUUUUCCGCGCUGGCUAAACUCACCGUGGGAUUUUUUCAAUGAAAUAUCGUCGUGAAGAAAGAUGUAGUCCAGCGCUGUUUUUCAGCAUUGUAAUGUGGCGUUUCUAUUUUUGUGUUCGCGCUGUCGUCGAAGCGAUUAUUUCAGCUGAACGUGAAAAAAUGUAAAAAAUUAUAGACGGGGCUGGAUUUGCUGGGGGUGAUGCGGACUUCCUCUCUCCGCCUACGGAAGGCGGAUACCUCUCCAUGAGGUGAAAAUAUGGGAGGAAGCUGGAACCAACCUCCUUCCGUGGACAAAUAUCUUCACAACUUGCCGCGUGACCAAUCGUCGUUGUCGACAUAACGUUUGCUGAAGACAUCAAAAAUAUGUCGACGUGUCAAUUCGUAAUCAUAUGUAACACGAAUACUUAAUUUAAGCUAAUGUAAGCCAAUAUGAUAAUGUAAGCUUCAGACUUAAAGAACCCUUAAUGUGUUAAUCUGUUCAAUAACUGGGUGUAAAUUACGGUAUUAUCACGAUGCAUUAGCCAUUUAGCUUGGCCCCACAUACAGCAACCUUUAGCGCCUUCGCGUUUUUUUUUGUUGUAUGUACAUUUCGUCUUUGGUUUUUUCUCUAUUUUGCACAUUUUAACUCUAGAGCUUGUAUCGUAUGAGUGAGGCGAAUUUCGCAUUCAAUCAACAUUAUCACAACCAUAAUAUUGGUAUAUUUCACUCAUCAAGCGAGUUGAUUUGUUUUGGAGGCCUCUAUCCCACCCGCUGAUGUAGUGCAUAAUCCCUGUUAUAUCCAAUAUCCAAUCACGCUCGACAAGUAUUAGGACAACAGGGGGCACUGCGAGGACAAUAGAAACUCGAAACUGAAAUUUUGCGAACGCAUCGAUUGUGGGAAGAGAUUUGUGUUUUUCAGUCUUGCCUCCUAUCCCCCCCCUUCAACGAAACAGGGGGGUGUUAGAAUUUUGUCAUCUCAUUCUGUUGCAUGUUCUCAUAAUAGUAAUUCACCCAUUAACUACGGAUUCAAAACGUGCGAUGAUUUAUAUUUGAAAACAAGUAGCUUUACAUUUAUCUUGGCAAUACGUAGCGUAUGUUUAUUUUAGUAAAUUGUUUAAUUCGAACUAUGAAGAAUAUUUGUUAAAUAGCUGUCAGAUUAAUGCGUUAAUUCAAUUACGGGUACAUAACUCCUUGUUUGUAUCACAUUUAAUACUUACGCAUUGCCAAUUUUUAAGCUAA